GUAGGAGAGACAUGGCGUCAGGGCUAUGUCCAGCUGCCCCCUUGAGUCCCCUUCAAGCUCACUGUAUGGCGGACAGCUCGGCACAACAGAGAUGCAAUGAAUCAUGUGUCUAGCACAUGAGUGCCUGCAAGCUGCAAGUGCUACACCUGUCAUCUGUAAUGCCAGAACCCAAGGAGGCUGAGGCAGAAGAAUUGCUCCAGGCCAGCUGGCUUACAGAGAAUGAGACACUGUCUCAAAAUGAAAGACAGACACAUGGGCAUCAGCCGUGGGAUAGACAGCAGACAGUAAGCGUGUGCUCACCCAGCUCUUAGAGCAACACCUGGACCAAUCCAGAAACCGAGGCAUUAGAGCAGGUAUACGAAUCACUCACCUGUGAUCACACAGUCUACCAGAGAGCUAAAUAUGACAAUGUUCUACAGUGGACCAUUCCAGGAAAACAAGCAUCAGAAUAGGUAGCAAAAUAGUAAAUUAAAAUGCAGUACACGAAAAUAAGACAAUGUUUUUUUCCCAUCUGUAUAAGUGUGUGUAGUGCGCGUAGAGACUUGUAUGUUGUGGAAUAUUAGUUUAAGAUGUGUUACAUUCGUUUAUGCUGUGGAAUAUUUAAUGAUGCAAAGAUGGGUUGCAUUCUUUUCUGUUGCAUUUGUUUAACUCUGUGAAGCUGUGACUCUUUGCCUGUCUAAAACACCUGAUUGGUCUAAUAAAGAGCUAAAUGGCCAUAGCUAGGCAGGAGAGGGAUAGGCAGGGCUGCCAGGCAGAGAAUAAAUAUAAGGAGAAAAAGAGAAGAGGGAGAAGUUGAGAAGAGGAGGAGAGGAGGAGAGAGGAUACCAGGGGCCAGCCAUCCAACUACACAGCAAGUCACAGAGGAAGGAAAGAAAGACAGAAUAAAAGUAAAAAGCCAGGAGGCAAAAUUGUAGUUAAAAAGAAAUGGGUUAAAUUAAGUUAGAAAAGCCAGCUAGAAACAAGCCAAGCAAGCCGGGCAAUGUUGGCACACGCCUUUAAUCCCAGCACUGGGGAGGCAGAGGAAGGCAGAUCUCUGUGAGUCUGAGGCCAGCCUGGGCUACAAGAGCUAGUUCCAGAACAGGCUCCAAAGCUACAGAGAAACAAUGUCUGGAAAAACAAACAAACAAACAAACAAAACAAAAACAAAGAAAGAAAGAAACAAGUCAAGCGAAGGCAGGACAUUCAUAAGUAAGAAUAAGUCUCCAUGUAUUUAUCUGGAAGCUGGGUGGUGGGCCCAAAAAAAGUCAAAAAAAGAAACACUGUGCCUGUGGAGAGGCCACAAGUCAGCACUGGUGUUUUCCUUAACACUUGCCACCUCAUGUUUCUAGAUGGGGUUUCUUACCUACUCCUUGACUAACCUAACCAGACAACACCAAGGCCCUCCUGCCUGUGCCUCCUGGCAGUGGCAUCCCAGGUGCAGAGACAACGGUGGGUUUUUACGUGGACGCUGGAGUCCUGGACUCCUGAUUCCACAGCAAGUAUUUCUACAUACUGAUCUAUUCCCUGCCCAUUUUCUUUAGUGACCAGGUUCUCAGACAGUCUAGGGUUGAUCUUGAACUCCCAAAAGCUUGGAUUAGGCUGGCACCACUAUACCUGACUUUCCUGUUGUUUUUAGAAGACAUAACACAUAUACACGCAUAUGUACCUAUGUAUGUAUGUAUGUAUUUAAGGAUGUACAUAUGUGUUCCAAGUUGGCCUUCAUCUUACCUCAGUCUCUAAGUGCUGGAAUUACAAAUAUCCAUUUUGAUACACAAGUCAAUUAAAAUGCACAGUUUUAAGUAUAGACACAUUAUUGCAAUUUCAGGGCAUAAAGUACAUAUAGACAAGUUUGGGUUUAAAAACAUGAUCAAAUACUGGCAAGAUGGCUCACUGUUAAAGGUGCUUGCUGCUAAGCCUGACGGACCUGAGUUUGAUUCCCAGGACCCACACAGCAGAGAAAGAAAAACAGCUCUCAAUAGUUGUCCUGUGACCUACAUUUCUGGUACCAUGAGGGUAUACCCACCUUCAUUAAAACAAUAUACAAAAUAACAAAAGCUUUAUAAUAAAAAACCAUGAAGUGAUGAAUAAAUACAUGAGCAGCUGGUCUGUGGCCACACGAUGCUAAGGUCUCCAUGGUCAAGAUGCCUGCUGGAAGUACCUCACUGGACUGUGGCACAACCUCCCUCUGCAUCCACUCAGCCCCUGCGUGUCCUCCAGCAGUUCACAGAGAUGGUGUUUCUACUUUUACCACUCACAUCACCAAGGCAAAAAAAAAAAAAAAAAAAAAAUGCUGGAGGGGGGGGCCAGGGCUCGGACCUCAUCACCUAUCCUCCCCAGUCUCCGUGGGUGGGCCUUUGCAUCCCUUUCUGCAGAUCCUGUUCCAAGCCUGUCUGAGGACACUGAUUACCCUGUUUCAUUGCAGCACCCCCAGCGCUGUUAAUGCCCUCACCCUACCUUAAUUCUUCCCUUGUAGUCCAAUCAUCUGCACAGUAAUUACCUGUACUGAUGUUUCUUCUUGUCCCUAGAGACGUGGUGAUUGAGUGGUGGCUCUGUAAGACUGCGUGCUGAGCAUCUGUGGGAUGCCUCUUGUCUACGCUGUCCCCUCUGCUAUGGAUGCUGUCCUGCUUUUCCCUUUAGGACCCAGGGCAAAGCUCCCUCCUUAGUGAGCCACCCCAGACCACCUCAUCCUAGUUAGCCAGUCAUCUCUUCUACUGGCCUCCCACUGUCCCCUCUGAGUCUCCCAGGGCUGUGGCAUCUGUGCCCAGGUGCCUCCCCAAACCUGAGCAGGCCCUCAGUAUCCAUCCACUGCAUCCCUCCCAGUCUCAGUACUAUUUCAUUGUCCCUGCCCCAUUCUGCUGCCCUCUCACGUUCUACAGAUAUUCCCUGAGGCCUAAGUGUCCCUCGGCAACACUGUCCCACACUAUGUCCACUUGGCCCCUCCUAUUCAGGCUUCAGGACCCAGCACAGGCAAACCUCUGAUAGCCACUUCCCUGAUGGUCCUGGCUAUUGCUGCCCCCAUCACUGUCUAGAGGCUGUGGCUUUCGACCUGAUCUUGGGUUCCAUCCUCGGUCUAGUAGAUGACAAGUGGGUCAUGACUGAUGGAGAGCCCAGGCCCUGAGUCCCACCUCCAGGAGGCUUUUCCGUCUGCUCCUCCCUGUGAAGACUCUUCCAUGUUCUACCAACAACUCCAGCUCAGUUGAAGCCUCCUUGGAACUCGAGGUGGUCAGUGUCUCUCUCUGGGCUCGCCCACCCCAGCAAUAACAUCACCUAGGCCUGAAGACUCAAGGCAGGCCCUUGGUGAACCCAGCUCCAAUUUUCAGCCCUGUUAAGUCAGAGUGGAUGUGAUUCUAUUCACUAACAGGCUCCAGCCUUGUGCCAGGGUCCCACCUUCUCUCCCCUCUGAUCUCACUCUCCAGAGUUCUCAGUGCUCACUAUGACCUCAUGAAGUUGCUGUGAUGAGCCAUCCGGUCAUCGUCCUUGGCUACCAAAUCAGGCAUGCUUUACCCUGACUUCUAGGAGCUCAAGCCCCUUUGCACCCGCCAUGCAUUCUCCAUCAAAGAGAUCCUCCAAGCCCGGCAUGGCUCCGGCACCGGCACCCACUGGGCCCUCCAUGCCCACCACAGCUCCCAUACCUCCAGCUUCCUUGAAGACCACCAAUGCAGCGGCGCCCAACAGUUCCUUAGUGCAUCCUAAGUCCCCUAACUUGGUCAUGAGCCCCAGUAGUCCUAAGUCUACCAGAUCAACAGGUACUAAGACAGCUCCUUCAACCCGUCCCAGCAGUAGAUCCCAAGGCCACAGCAAGCCGAGAACACCCAGUCGGCUGAGCACUGACACCAGUGCCAGGAAGGCCAGCAAGGGCAGGAAGAGCGGCAAGACUGGCAUCGUGGAACAACAUCAGCAGAAAGGCACACAUAGCCGGGGGCGAACUCCGGGCAGGAAGCGAAGUCACAGCUCCAAGAUGUCCCCCAGCAGAACAAGUACUCCUAUCAGGAAGAGAACCCAUUCCGCCAAACCAGGUGUGGCCAAGAAGGCAAUGACACCUACGACACCUACUUCUGACCGCAAACAAAGCCAAGACAAGAGUUAUACCCAACCUAGAACCAGUACACAGGAAAGGAGUGCCAGCCAGCCUAGAAACACGCACCAGGAAAAGAGCCCCAAGUUGCCAGGGGCCUCAGACCCGGGGAGCAGCUCUAGAGUAGCUGCGAUCCCCAGUAGGGCCAAGAGCCACAGCUUAAGUAGGUCAGUCUUAAUGAGCUCUAGCAAGUCUCCUGUGGCAUCCAGGAGAGCCAAGAGCUAUAGCCAGGUGACGUCCCCCAGCAGGGAACAGACUCACACCUUGACAGAUCUGACUGACUUGUCAGGCAAGGUCAAGAGUUACAAGCAGGACUGCAGCCUCAGCAGGACCCAAAGCUUUAGCCGCUCCAGGACCCCCAGCAGGACCCGAAGUCACAGCUGCUCCAGGAGCCCCAGAAGGUCAAGAAGUCACAGUCACAAGAGGACCCACAACCGGGUGAGAAGUUACAGCUGGAAGAGAAAUCGUAGUAGGGCAAGAAGUCGUACACGGAGGGGCACACCCACCCAGAUGAGACGCAGCAAGUCCAGAACCCACAGCCAAGGGAAACGACACAGCCCACGGAGAGCUCUAGGAAGGGAAAGAAGUCGAGUGAGGUCUAGGACUUCCAGUGAAGAAGAAAGUCGCAGCCGGUCCAGAGGGACCCGAGAGAGACAUCACAGCCGAUCCAGAACUGCCAGGAAGAAGGGCCACAAGCUGUCUAGGAUGCCUAGCAGUGAAAGUAGGCACAACCCGUCUAGAACCCCCAGCACAGACACAGCCCGCAGCCGGCCUAGAGCCUCCAUCAAGAAGAGAGCACAGAGCCGAUCCACCAUUUCCAGCAAGGAAAGGCACCGUGGCCAAUUGAGAGCCACCAGCAAGGAGAGCUCCCGAAGUCACUCUAGAACCCACAGCAGGGACCAAGAACAUGGCCACCAUGGAACCCACAGCAGGGACCAAGAACACGGCCACCCUAGAACUCACAGCAAGGACCGAGAACACAGCAAAUCUAGAACCUCCACCAAGGACCAAGAAUACGACCAAGCUACAGCCCCCGAGAGCCUCCCAGGGAAGCCAUCUCCCACCAGAACCAGGAGUUCUAGCCAGAAGAGAGCCCACAACAAGGAAAGGGGUCACUCCUCCUCGCAGCCUCCCAAGGGAAUCCAAGCCCAGGAAUCCAGCUUCGUCAACACCACAACUUCUAAGGCUAUCUCACCUGGGGAAAGGUCUUCAUCAUCUUCCUCCAAGCUGGCGUAG